AUGGCUGCCUACUGUUCACCUACGGUAUUUUUAUUUACGUUUCGUUUGUUAUCUGUUUUAAGACAGUCAAACACAGAAAGAGCAAAUGUCACGGCUGCACCGAGGAACAGUUAAAUUGCAACAGUGUUCAGAGUUUCGGUAAAAGAAACGCAAUUUUCCUCAGUUAUAGAGUAACGAAGGUUAACGUUACCGACAGCCUUAUUUUUUAUUUUCGCCGAGCUGUCACAUCAGUAUCGGACUGCCUUUGUUGGCGUGCUAAGCUAGCCAAAUAACGUUACUGCGAGGUUAACGGAUAAACUUAAGGGAAUUUGUCGCAAUGUUUAGCCCCGUGAAGUCCUCUUAUUUCCGAGUCAGUCCGACCAUUGUCAACAGAGAACUGGGGAAGACCAAGAUGAGAUAGCAAGAGGGCAUAACGGUAGUGCUAACACGCUAGUUUAACUACGAGGCAGAGUCCCGACCAAACCGAGAGAAAACUGAGUGAAGAACUCCCACCACGGCAUGUUUGGGAAUCUUUUCGAGGAAGAGGAGGAAGACGUUUCCUCGACUUCCUCCAGGGGGAGAGUUACAAAGGGGGGAGAUGAGCCACCUCCUCCACGGGGCAAAAGCAACCUGUGUGGCAUCAAAAACCAGGGGGGCACUUGUUAUCUCAACUCUCUGCUCCAGACCCUGCUGUUCACCCCAGAGUUCAGAGAGGAGUUGUUCAGUUUGGGGUCUGAAGAAUUAGGAUGCCUUGAAGACAAAGAGAAACCAGAAGCUAAGGUCAGAGUGAUCCCACUAGAGCUGCAGAGGCUGUUUGCCAGUUUGCUCCUUGUGGACCAGCAGAGCGCCUCCACAGCCAACCUCACUGACAGUUUUGGCUGGAACAGCAGUGAGGGAACAAAUCAGCAUGAUGUGCAGGAGCUGAACAGGAUCCUGUUCAGUGCGUUGGAGCACUCUCUUGUGGGCACUUCUGGCAGUACUCUUAUCCACCGGUUGUACCAUGGGACGAUUGUCAACAGCAUUGUCUGCAAGGAGUGUGGCAACGUCAGCCAGAGACAGGAGGAUUUCCUGGACCUGACUGUGUGUGUCUGUGGAGUGUCCAGCCUGGAGGAGGCUCUGUGGAACAUGUUUGUGGAGGAGGAGAUGUUCGAGGGCAACAACCUGUAUCGCUGUGCAGGGUGUGACAGACUGGUCACUGCUGCUAAGUCUGCCAAGCUGAAGAAACUCCCUCCGUUCAUGACCAUGUCUCUGCUGAGAUUCAGCUUUGACUUCACCAAAUGUGAGCGGUACAAGGAGACUGGACGCUACAGUUUCCCCUUAACCAUCAACCUACGGCCAUUCUGUGAACAGACUGAUGGAGAUGACUCUGACUUUACCUACGAGCUGUUCUCUGUGAUUAUCCAUAAGGGUGGCUGUUAUGGAGGUCACUACCAUGCUUAUAUCAGGGACACUGACCAGCUCGGCCAAUGGGAGCCACCGGAGGAGGAAUGCAAACCCAAGACUCAAAAGAAAGCCAAGGAGAAAGUCCGAGAAGCAUGUGAGCCAAAACUACAAGAGGAUGACCCUCUGUCUGUCCUCACUGCCAUAAUUGCCCAGGAGCCAUCAAAGAGUGUCCUGUUGGACCAGCUGGGACAGAAACUCAUGGAUAAGAUUGGUUCAUCCUGGAGCAAAAAGUUCAGAAAGCACUACGGUCCAAUUGGAAAGUUUCUUCAGUCCCACAAUGAUGUGUUCAUGUUGGUGUCAAAUGGCACUCGCGUAGCACUGAAGGCAAACCCUCCAAGCCCUGUAACAGAGCCGACCAGCCCAGCAGAACCGACCAUGAACUCUGACCUUACAACACCUUCAGACUGUGACGCUGCUGAACAACAGACAGAUCUGGAUCAGAGGCCAGAGCCUGAACAAAAGGGUAGCCACUGGUUUGACUUGAAUGACUCCUCAGUGACCUCCAUCAGGGAGUCUGACAUAGAGAAGCAGUUCCAGGGAAAAGAGAGCGCGUACAUGCUGUUCUACAGAAAGACACAGCUGCACAGGCCCAGUGAAGCCCUGAAUAAUCCUGAAUACAAAGUUCCUGUUAACCUCAUUGAAAUGGCUCAGAAGGAGAACCAGAGACUUCAGCAGAUACGUGAGGAGUUUGAAGCCACUAAUAACACAGUUGAGCUCCGUCUCCACCUGGCCCCCAGUUACAGGCUGGAAAACGGAGCCCUGCAGCCAAUCAGCAAGGAGCAUGAUGGGAGCACCACUCUGAGUUUUGACCGUAGAAAAACCGUGGGAGAUCUUCGAUUAGCUAUUUAUCAGAUGCAGGAACUUUGGGAAGGUGAUAUGGCUCUAACUGUGGCCAAGAGUCUUCCUGCAGGUCUACACCUCUACAACACUUUAACAGAUGACAGCGUGUCCCUGUACAGUGCAGGAAUUUCUUCAAAUUCUGACUUGUUUGUGUGGAACGGCAGAGAGGUGUGUGGUGCAGCUGUCCUAACAGGAGCAGAGUGGGAGCCUGUGCUGCUGACUGUAGUUCGCCCCUUUUUAGGGGAAGACGGGGAUCCCCAGGAGGAGGAUGGGGUGGACUGCGUGGAUGGGACAGGAGGUUUUGAAAAUGGGGGUUCGGGUCUGAAAAAGGAGGCAAGAGGAUUUGCAGGCGCAGUGACACUUGGAGAAGUAAGGGAGGCACUGGGGGAGCCGAAGGAGAGCGUCCUGUGUCAGGAGCAUAAGGGAGGAAAGAGAGGAGAACAGGGAGCAGGAGAAGGAGGAGGGGCUAGUGGUUGGAGGGUGUUCCCCCCUGAUGACAUGCAGCGAACCCUGAAGGAGCUGUCACUGAAGGAUGGAGACGCGCUGCUGGUGCUGGAGCCUCAGUCCUUUGAUUGCAGCAUGUUCACUCUAAAUGGAGACGUCGUCACUGUGACUACACCUUCUGACUGCCGCUGGCUCCAGGUGGAGUUUCAACCACAUGAGGGAGGAGGAGAAGGGGAGAGAGAGGAGGAGAGACGGAAGAUCAAAGUUCCUGCUACAGGAAAUAUGCUGCUGUGUGAGGUGAAACAGAGAGCGAUAGAGGAGCUACAGAUACAUCAAGGUGCACCGUACUGUCUGAGACAGGUGGACUGCACAGGGAAACUCCUUCCUCCAGUGUGUGAAGAAGUGAGUGUUCGGGAUGCGGGGGUGCGACUCAUGACCACACUGACUCUCUGUCCCGGAAACGCCCCCAAGGCAUCACAGAUUUUCUUGCACUUCUCUGUGGGUGCAGCGCCCUCUGCUGGUAUGGAGAUGGACAUUAUUGUGGAAAAUAGUUCUACUGUGAAAGAGUGCCUAAAGGCGAUGCUGGAUGCUGUUGGACUUGACGGCUGUUGGCACUUGAGGAGGCUCGACUGGUGUGAGGAGGUUGGGGAGCCACUUAUGGAUGAAGAUGCUUCUCUCUCAGAGCUGAAGAUCAGCAGUGGAGACACAUUAGUCGUCACAGAAGGACAGCUUCCUCCAAAGGGCUUUCUCAAGCUGUCUGUGUGGCUGUAUGUGGAUCCCAGAAACAACUUCAAUGGUUCUGGAAUCACCAGUAACGGCCACACUGAGGAGCACAUACAGGAGGUUAUGACUCCAGGAGAAACCAACUCUGCUCCUCUAAGGAGUGUUGGAGAGGUGGAGAUAUCAGACGAGGCCACUCUGGAGGAUCUCAAGACUCAGGUGUUGACGCUACCUGCCCUUCAGGACGUGUGUGUCCCAACCACUGCGUUCAUGCGUGUGUGGCAGCUUGAGGGACAGAGGCUGGCACGCAUCCUCAGAGGACAACAACUCACACUCAGGAAGUUGAAGCUGUCCAGUGGUGCAGACCUUUGUAUGCAGCAGCUGCUGAAGGAGGAGGAUCUGGGGCCAAAGGAGGUGCUGCUGAACAUAAAAAUGGGAAUACCAGGGGAGAGAUGUUACUACCCUCCAGAGGAGCUGGUUUGGGAUGCAUCCCGGGACUCUACUCCACGCUCUCUACGCACAUGUUUGGCUGCACACUUCGGCCUCUCCCCCGACUCACUGCUGCUGGCCAAACACCUGCCGGACAAACACACCUGGGAAGAAAUCUCAAACUGGAAUCAGCAGGUUUCAAAAAAGAAAAAGAAGAAAAAGACGGAAUCUCUACUGGGAGCACCAUUUCACCUUAAAGAUGGGGACACAAUCGGUAUCAAGAAUCUGUUGAUUGACAACAACAGGGACUUUGUCACCCUGGAGGACGAGCAGGGCCAGCAGAUGCUUAGAGAACGCGCAGAGGAACGCAGGAAAGGAGGUGAGGCUGCCGGCUCUGACGCCGUUGGACCACAGAAGAAGAGUGGAGCAACCAAAUCCAGGAAACCAGAGGUAGCGCUGUCAAUUAACGUUGGGGUCUUCAGAUAGCAGCCGGCUCUCAUGGAUG